AUGGUGAUAUUGAGCCUGACUCCUGGUGAUUCAAAAUGCCGUCUCUACUGUAAGGGCCGUGCUUGCCGUUAUUGCAAUAUAUUCGUUGGGACAAGUGCAAUUCCUGGGCUGUACUCUACGUGGGUCACGGAUGAUAUUCUUGCAAUGGCCAGACCGCAACCGGCUCACUUCGAAAACGACAAAAUUAUACGCCUUCUGAAAGAGAACAAAAUUAGUGCCGUGUUCAAUCUCGAAGAAGCCGGAGAGCAUUCUUCAUGUGGAUCGGGAAACCUUGCUGGAGGGUUUAGCUACGACCCGGAGUGCCUCAUGAGAAAUGAUAUAUUCUACUACAACUUCCCUCUUCCCGAUUUCGAAGCUUGUACUCCGGCACGGCUCGUGGAUAUUGUGACUGUUAUGAUUUACGAACUGACUAGAGGUCAUGGAAGAACGGGUAUGGUGAUAGCUGCCUGUAUGAUGUUACUCCGUGGAAUGACCCCACGUGAGGCCGUCGAUUUUGUCAGACAGAAGCGGUAUGUUUUUCCAGGGUACUUUCCUUCAUUGAAAGAUGAGCUGGAAAUUCCAGGCCAGGCUCCCGUGCAAAGUUCCGAUCAGGUCGAAGCGUUACAUUCGCUCCAUGUCCUGCUUUUUAACGAUGCUUCCGUCCUUCCUCAGUCACCAUUCCGCUCAACAUCGGAAUACGUGGAAUUUACAGGGCGUCCGCUUUUCGUCGGCUCCGUCGCCCUACUUCGGAAAUUCUUCAGUGCCGUUGUGUUGAGGCCUCAGUCACAAGCCGAAAAUGCUUGGCGUUUUCAAUUUGAUUGCAGUGGACCAACGGAUUUCAAAGUUACGGAAGAAAUGCUACAUCUUAUGAAUGUUGAUGUGACCACUCGUGGACAAACAUACUAUUUUCGACGAGAUGAGAAAGACAUAGUGGAGUUGGUAUCAUUCAUAGACUUCUUCAUGCGCACAGCCUUCUUCCAGCUGAUGACCUCUGAGGAAUUGACUUCAUUUUUGGCAACAGCUAAUUCAUCUCAGGAGAAAAUGAGAAAGGUGAACACUCAAGAACGAAAUAAAAACUAUUACCCUCUGAUUUCACGAUAG